AUGAAGCAGCUCUCCACAGCCUUUCUUGCCCUCGCGGCAUCGCAGCUGGUCCGCACUGCUGCUGUACCGUCUUGCCACGAGGAGCUAUCACCAGACAAGGAAUGGACGCCGGUCACUGGCCCUCAGACUCCGCCAUCACCUCCGAUUCCGGGACCCGCGGGUGUUUCAAAGCCACCUGCUGGCCCCGGCGGACCUCCGACUGGUCCUGGUAAGCCUGACGAGGGACCUCACCCACCAGAUCAUCCCGAAGGCAGCUCCAAAGAAUGCGAUGUCGUUGUUCUGGGUGGUGGCGCGUCAGGCUCGUACAUCGCCACUGAGUUGUACUUGCAGAAGUACACAGUCUGCAUUGUCGAGAAACGUGGUGUGCUUGGCGGCACCGUUAACACCUACAAAGUUCCCGAAACCGGCAAGACUGUUGACUUUGGCGUGAUCAACUGGUUGGCUCUGCCUGAGAUGGUGGAAUACUUUGAGCAGCUGGGCGUCGAAACAAUCCCUACGCCUUACCAAAUCCCUCCACAAGUUGUCGUGGACUUUGCAACAGGCCAGCAGCUUAACUCGACGGGCAUGGCAUGGGUAGAAUACUGGGCUGGCGUGGUGCAGGACCUCGGUGAGAAGUGGGCAUACUCCUGGCCAGACUCUCCAACCCUACCUAAGGACCUUACACUCCCUGCUCCAGACUACAUGAUCAAGCACAACAUCACCGAUAUGGCUGAAUUGAUUCGGUUUGAUAUCCCGAGCAAAGCCACCGCCGAUAUUCCUAUGGCGUACCAGCUCAAGUACUUUGAUUGGUAUGAUGCCUUCGCCAGCAAUAUACCUUAUGUCACCACUCACGACCUUAACAAUCAAGAUGUCUACAAUCGGGUCGCCAAGCUGGUUGGUGCAGAUAAUGUCUUCUUCAACAGCGAAGCUGUCAGGAUCGCCCGUUCGGCCGUCCCUGGAGGGCACCCUGAGAAAAGCAAAUCUCCUGUGCAGCUGGAGGUGAAGACCUCAGACAAGACAACGACUAUCAACGCCAAAGCCAUGGUGCUCGCCUACCUCCCGCAGCCCGACGGUCUCUCCGCUUUCGACUUCGACCCCUCUGAGCGCGACAUCUUCAGCAGCUUUAGAGUCAACAUCAUAUAUACUGGCAUCGUCAGCCAGUCUGGUCUGCCGCAGGGAUCCUUCUACAGCAACACUAACGCCAAAGACCCGCUCGGCAACCCACCGUACCCGUACUUCUACGUCGCAUCCGGUCGCAUCCUCUCCGACGCUGAAGUCCACAAGACGCUAUUUGACGGGGUUGCUACACUCAAGAAGUCUCUAGGCGUCACCACGAAUUCCACUCAGAAGCCUGUCAUCAAGGCACUCGAGCUCCAUCCGCAGCUAGAGCCCCAUGUCAGCGGCGAAAAGAUCGAGGCCGGCUUCUACAAGAAGCUUAACGGUCUGCAAGGCGCCAAAUCCACUUGGUACGUCGGCAACUACAUCGCCGGCCUCAGGACGGCGGAGGUCGUCAAGCAUGCCCAUGACCUGGUGCUACCCGAGCUGUUGGAAUAUCUCAAGGCUGAGAAUACUUCGGCCUCGGUUGAAAUUGCGGUCAUCGCCAAUUCGACGAUAAGUGGUAUAUCCAGAGUUCGACGGUCACGAUCUUUGGAUUCUACAGUCACGAUAGAUCUCAACCCGACAACAACCGCCGCUUGGCACGACUUCCCGAAACGUCUGCCGCCUGUGGACACCACAUUCACAACGGAUCUGACUCCCACGACAAGCGCCGCCUGGCACAACUUCCCGUGA